AUGUGCCGGAGCGGGGAGAGGGCGAAGAGAAAGAGAGUUGGGGGGAGGAGGGGUAGUGGUCGUGCAUUGCAACGCCAUUCAUCAUCAUCGUCGGUUUCGUCAUCGUCACCAUCGUCAUCAUCGUCAUCGUCACCAUCGUCAUCGUCACCAUCGUCAUCGUCACCAUCGUCAUCAUCACCAUUGUCAUCGUCGUCAUCAUCACCAUCGUCAUCGUCACCAUCGUUAUCAUCACCAUCGUCAUCAUCACCAUCGUCACCAUCACCAUCGUCCCCAUCAUCAUCAUCAUCGUCGUCAUCGUCACCAUCGUCAUCGUCACCAUCGUCGUCGUCACCAUCGUCAUCAUAACCAUCGUCACCGUCACCAUCGUUAUCGUCACCAUCGUUAUCGUCACUAUCGUCACCAUCACCAUCGUCACCGUCGUAAUCGUUACCAUCGUCAUCGUCACCAUCGUCAUCGUCACCAUCGUCAUCGUCACCAUCGUCAUCGUCACCAUCGUCGUCGUCACCAUCGUCGUCGUCACCAUCGUCGUCGUCACCGUCACCAUCGUCAUCGUCAUCGUCACCAUCGUCACCGUCACCAUCGUCAUCGUCACCAUCGUCAUCGUCACCGUCGUCAUCGUCACCGUCGUCACCAUCGUCGUCGUCACCAUCGUCAUCGUCACCAUCGUCACCGUCGUCAUCGUCACCAUCGUCA